UGCACUAUCCCUUUAAUCUCCCAAAAUAACAUCUGCAAAUACGUCCUCUUUAGUGUCACCACUUGCAGUGUGAAGUUCAAGUGACUAAUUGAAUUUCCUUGAAAACCUGGAAAAAAAGUCCACCAUCUGUACUGCUGUACAACAAUUGGCUGCGGGAAACGUCACUCAACCGACAAAUCCAAAUCCUCUCAAGUCCUGAGUCCUGACCGCCUCCUCUGCUCUUUGCGAUGCGCGGUCCCGUCUCCACAAUCCCUCCCACGCACCCCUGCUCUUGACUCUUACGGAUCGUAGGAGGAGGGAGAGUAGAAGCUGUAUUCUGUUCCUGUUUUGAGGUCGCAGCGACCGAUAUCUCUGCCCCGACUGUGUGUAUCCCUCCGGACUGUUUCUUCAUGCUCGUGCUGCAGCUCAGAUGGGAGAAGUAAGUGCAGCUGCUGUCUGGCACGUGAACGCGCGCGGCAGGUCUCUCUGGCGGGCCAUCCCAAGCACGGGAUGCUGAACGGGAGCCGUGAGGGUUUGUUUGAACUGGGCAGGCAGCUCCAGCAGGAGGGAGACUCCCAAGCUGCUCUGCACUGCUUUUUGAGCUGCCUGCUGGGACUCACGCACGUGCAGAGCUUCCACUCGCUUCCCAACUGCCUGCAUCAGAUUGCUGAACUCUACAUUGAUGACAAGAAUUAUGGGAAAGCUCUGCAGUUCAUUCAGGCGGAGAAGAUGUUCUACGAAGUGGCAUUGAUCGAGCUCACCUCGCUGCAGGCCAGCACAGGGUCUCAGGAAGACGGAAUACUGGGAACGCCAGGAUGUCUGUCUCAAGAGGAGUUAUCAGAACAGACUUCACAGGCCCAGGAUCUUGAGAGACUGGCUCAGCUCUGCAUCAUGAGCAAAAGACCCCAUCUUGCUUUAGAAUACAGUGGCAAGGCCACUAAAAUCCACCAGAGGGCUUUUGGUAACGAUCACCCCAUCACAGCCCGGAGCCUGGAGCUGCUGGCCACUGUCUAUGCUGAGAUCGGCAAGACAGAAUACACAAAAUCAUUGGGAGAGUGUGUGUCGACUCUUUCCAAAAGGUUCUCGGCCACCGAGUCAUUCAGCGACGCUCUGAGUAGCAUCUCUCAGAGCCAUAAGGACAGACACGCUGAGCUGCGACACAGAAAAGAGCCAUGCAUACAACAGGAAACUCCUAAAACCAAGGUCAUAAAUGAAAAACUGCCCACCUCUAUUCUGAAAAGGUCCCAUGUGGAGCCAGACUCAUCGCGCAAGCGAAAAAGCGAGAGGCGGGUUCGCUUCAGAGAGCCGGAGAUCACUGUUCAUGACAUUCCGUACUAUGAAUGUUCAGGAGUCUACGACACCCCCCAGAGUCAUUUGCACCUGGCCCUGCUCACCUGCCUGUUCCUGCUUCUGUCUGCGCUGGGUCUGGCACUGUACUGCACGGACCGCCGGAGACCCCAGCGCGCCUGCGAAGAGCUGCAGACGGCGCUGGCUGUGUACCUGCUUCAGUUCAAACAGAUCGUUUGGGCCUGCUGGAUCUGGCUGACCAUGCAAUGACUAUGGCAUAGCUGACCACAGGGGGCAGAAAAAAAACAUAAAAGGUCAGGAUGUUUUUUGAAGGACUGUGUAAGAAAAAAAAAAAAAAAGAUAAAGGUCCUAUUGUUUUUUUUUUUUUAUUGCUUUAAUUUUCACUGUUUUAAUCAGACUGGCCACCAGUCGAAGUCUGUGAGGAUGUUCAACAUCCAACUCUUUUAUUUUGUGGUUGAUUGAAGGCCUUGUGCUUUUCCACACCAUUAAGGGAUGGUGUGCUUUUUUGCCCUUUAUGGUGGCAUGUAGUAGCUAAUGACACAUCCAUAUUAUAAUGAGCCAUAUAUAUUUAGAUCUCUGUAUGUAGCUCUUUUUCCUCUUGCAGUGGUCCUGGGUGAUAUUUUUUUGAAGAAGUAGUUGAACAUUAGAUGAACAUUUUCAAAAAAAUGGACACCUCCUCAGGCCAUCCAAGAUUUUGGCUCAGCCAGUGGAUCCUCUGUAGUAAAUGGGUGCCGUCAGAAUGAGAGUCCAAACAGUUGAUUAAUACAUUGUAAUUCACAUGACUCCAGUCCACCAGUUAAUGUUCUGUGAAGCAAAAAAGCUGUGUGUCUGUGAGAAACUUUUUUUUGUCAUUUUGCUUGUGAAUUAAUGUGGCAUUUUUAUCAUCUGUUUGGACUCUCAUGUUUUACGGCAAACAUUCACUGUUGGAGGAUCCCCGGUUGGGCAAGUGAUGCAAUGUUACAUUUCUCCAAAACUGUUCAGAUGAAGAAAAAAACUCAAUUUUAUUUUAUUUUAUUUUAUGCUGAACUGUUUCUUUAAAGCAUCUUUUGAUCCUUUUCCAAAGAAUACUUGUGCAGCAAUAUUAAUUAAAACUUUUCGCACUUGAAAUUAUGCAGGACUGUCGAUACAGAAAAUGAAUGAAUGAAUUCCGUCCACAAGUAGAGCCCGACUGAUAUAUUGGUAGGUCAGUAUCAUCAGUCAAAUUAGGAAUGCAAGUUACUGAAUCCCUUUAUUGGUCUUUCGUAAGAAUUAUGGAAAAGAGCCAGGUGUAACGGUGAGCACAUGCAUAAUGCCAUGUGCACUGUCACAAAUAGUUACAUUUCAGUGCCUGAGAACACUUAGACACACACAUAUCGCAUGUGCUUCUAGAAUGAUUAAAGGCAUGGCUUUAUCAUUUCCUGCUAGUGCUAUGUUGUGUGUUCUUUGCCUCGUAUAAUAUUUAGCUCAAAGUUUUGCACCAAAAAAAAAAAAGAAAAUCAUUUCUAAAGUACUAUUUUGUCUUAUGAUAUAAAUAGCAAUAUAAGGACUUUCUGAAUCAAAUAAAACAAAAAUAAAGACAGGAUUAAGUUGGAAAUAUGAAUACGAAUGUUACAUUUCUAAGAA